UUCGGGACUGCCGCGGGCUAUCAAUCACAGCGCGGAACGACGAGCAUUUCGUAUCUUACAGCACGGAACGACAGGGUGUCUAUGUCGCGUGCGCUCACGCGCUCUAAGAGAGUAAAUAGGAUGAAGGGCCUAAAUCUUCUUCGUUAUCACUCAAACAUGCACACGGCUUGAGCUCGCGCUCUUAGAUUCGGUCGUCUUGAAGCUCCUCCUCGUAUGUCUGGCUCUUGAACGUCUACGAUCGCAACAAUGGCUGUCGCUCUGAAUGCCGGCGCCGGCUUCACUUCUCCGAUUCAUGCCAGAUACCAGCCUGUUCUAAGGUCCUCGGUUAAAGUUCCAUCAGCAAAACCUACGCUCUUUGGAUCCAACUCUUACAUACAUGGUUCAAGAAGGUUAGUCCCGAAGAAAAGAACAGUAGUGGUUAUAGCUGGCAAAGAAACAGAUGACAACGCGAUCACAGCCGUUGAUUCUCCUCCUCCGGAUUCUGACGAAGCAGGAAGCCAAAUUCUGGGUGCUGUCGAUGACAGUCCAUUGGUAUCCAAAACCACAAGAGCUUCUUUGACGGCAAGGGAGAGACUGAGGGCAGCUCGUGUACUUGGCCGAUACACGGAAACAUCUGCAAAACCCAAGAAGCCCGAAAUGGGAAGCAAAUUGUUGGAUGCAAUGAAGGAGAGUGACAAGAAAGCGAGGAAGAAACCGGGUCUUCCAGAGGCACCCACCAACUUGUUCGAUGAUAGCAAGAGAGGAUUGCCCAAAGGCUUCACCUUUCAGUUCCCCGGCGGCAACGACAUUCUUGUAAUCGCUUUCUCCUUCGUUUUGAUUAGCACUGUGAUGUUUGCCACCACUUACCUUGUCUGGAAACUCGGUGCUAUUCACUUCAAUGAAUACUAGUCAGGUAAGAUCUCCAUCAACUUUGAUCAGAUUCCUCAAUGUAUAUCAUCAAUUGGAGAGCUUUUUCUUUUGGCCUUAGGUUUAGUUAGAUCAGUACAUGCUACAGAUAUUUGUUUCAUACUUGACAAAGCCGGUUCGUGGGCAUAUGCAUAAUACAUGUAAUGUUUCCGACUA